GAAUCCCGGCACGCUCAUCGGGUCUACUCUUCCCCUCUUCGACUGAAUAACCAACAAACAUCAUCUCCACCGUCUAGUCUCCCGGCCGUGCUCCGCCGCGCGCCAUAUAUAUAUAACGAGCUUGCAAUGGCACCUCGACCAACCACAUCACUGGCUAGUCCGAAAUUCAAAAUGUCGCGACCGAAACACUUCUUCCUCGUCGCCGUCUCGAUCUGCAUUUUUGCGUGCGCGACGGCGGGCGACCGCGGUGGACAACCGCUGGUGACUGCCAUCGCCAAGGACGCGGCCACCUCCCUCUACACCAUCCCCGCCAAGUCCGGCCGCCCGCUGGUCCUCGACCUCUCCGGCCCCAUCGUCUGGUCCACCUGCGAUGACGACGGCGCCUCCCACGACACGCUCGAGUGCAACGACAUGGACUGCAUGCGCGCGCACCGCUUCCACCCGCCCAACUGCCCGCACAACGGCAACGGCAUGCCGGACGCCCAAAACGACCACCGCUGCAAGUGCACCGCGCACCCGCACAACCCCGUCUCCGGCGACACCGCGUCGGGGGACAUGGUGCGCGUCACGCUCUCCGCCAACGCCACCGACGGGAAGAAUCCUCUGCAUGAGGUGUCGUUCACCGCAGCGGCAUCCUGCGCGCCGGACUCCCUGUUAGCUGGGCUGCCGCCGGGGGCCGUCGGCGUGGCGGGGCUCGCGCGCUCCGGCCUCGCGUUCCCCGCGCAGGUCGCGCGCACGCAGGGCGUCGCCAACUCGUUCGCGCUCUGCCUCGGCAACCGCGAACGCGCCGGCGUCGCCAUCUUCGGCGGCGGGCCGCUCUUCGCGGCUAACGGGCGGUCCAUCACGGACAUGCUGGGCGGCGACACCCCGCUGCGCAAGCACGGGGAGUCCCCCGGCUACUACGUCACGGCCAGCAGGGGCGUCUUCGUCGACGGAGCGCGGGUGCCGCUGGAGGACUCUUACGGGCCGCUCGCCAUAGGCUUCUCCACGACGACCCCGUACGCGCUGGUGCGGCGCGACGUGUACCGCCCGCUCAUCGACGCGUUCGACCAGGCCAUGGAACGCGACGGCGCGAUCACCGCCGGCGCGAGGAUCCCGUCCCCGGCCGGGUCGCCGUUCGAGCUGUGCUACAACUCGUCGAGGCUGUCACUGACGCGGUUCGGCUACUUCGUGCCGACGGUCGGCUUUGGGCUGGAGGGCGGCGCGAGCUGGGCGGUGCAGGGCAUCAACUCCAUGGCGCUGGUGAUCGGCCGCCGCAUGGCGUGCUUCGGUUUCGUGGAGAUGAAGGAGGGGGACAAGGCUGGGUAUGGCGGUGGUGCGGCGCCGGCGGUGGUGCUCGGAGGGUUGCAGAUGGAGGAGAACCUGGUGGUGUUCGACGAGGAGAAGCGGACGAUGGCCUUCACCGGGCAGAUCAACGGCAGGGGGCUCUCCUGCAGCAACUUCAAUUUUACCAUGCCCGCCUAGUGCUUGGUUUUUAGUUACAUGAAUGGUCAAAGUUUGUGAUGGUGUUGUGUGGAUUUCCUUGCAUACACUAGUUUAUUUGUCCGAAAAAGUCUGGAAUAAACCUUGAAUUGGUACUCAAAGUCUAAA